AUACUCUUGGAAUUUCCCAACAUAUAUAAAAGGGGAAGCAUAUAAGUAGAUAUGAAGAAUAUGUACUCCGUCUAUAUUAUGUGCGUUUGUUCUGCAAUAAAUUUCUCUAGCAAGCUACAAGGAAGGCCACUAUCCUGCAAUUAAUUGAGCUGAAAGUAGCGUCAAUUAGGCAAGGCAUGGACAGCAAAAUCGAAAUUAAAGGCAAAGUUUGCGUGACGGGGGCUUCCGGCUUUCUAGCGUCUUGGCUAGUUAAGGGACUUCUCCUGUCUGGAUACCAUGUCACUGGAACUGUUAGAGAUCCAGGGAACGAGAAGAAAUUAGCACAUCUGUUGAGUCUGGAAGGAGCAAGGGAGAGACUCCGAUUGGUGAAGGCUGAUUUGAUGGAAGAGGGAAGCUUCGACGAUGCAAUCAUGGGAUGCCAUGGUGUUUUCCACACUGCUUCUCCUGUACUGAAACCUUCAUCUGAUCCAAAGGCCGAAAUCUUGGACCCGGCUAUUGAGGGUACCUUGAACGUGCUACGUUCAUGUAAGAAGAAUCCAUCUUUAAGGCGUGUAAUCCUCACCUCAUCUUCUUCAACUGUGAGGGUAAGAGAUGAUUUUGACCCAAAUAUACCUUUGGAUGAGACAUUUUGGAGCUCUGUGGAACUCUGUGAGAGACUCCAGUUAUGGUAUGCUUUAUCAAAAACACUCGCUGAGAGGGCAGCAUGGGAAUUCUGCAACAAAAAUGGUAUUGAUCUAGUGACCAUUCUACCAUCAUUCCUUGUUGGACCUAGUUUGCCACGAGAUUUGUGUUCUACUGCUUCUGAUGUCCUUGGCUUGCUUAAGGGUGAAACGGAGAAAUUUCAUUGGCACGGAAGGAUGGGAUAUGUCCACAUAGAUGAUGUUGCACUUUGCCACAUCCUUGUUUUUGAGAAUGAAACUGCUCACGGACGAUACCUUUGUAGCUCCACCGUGCUGGAUAAUGAUGAGUUGGCAUCGUUGUUAGCAGAACGAUAUCCUUCACUACCUAUCCCUAAAAGGUUUGAGCCACUAAACAGACCAUAUUAUGAGUUUAACACCUCGAAGUUCAAGAGUUUAGGAUUCAAGUUCAAGUCUAUCCAAGAGAUGUUUGAUGACUGCAUUGCAUCCCUGGUGGAACAAGGUCAUCUUCGAUCUGUCUAGCAAUGGCCGGUGGUGACUUGUCCAGCCGAUAUUGCCCUAUCAACUAAUCAAACCAUUAAAUGUAGUGAAUGAGAGUAUUUGUUUCUCACAUAAAACUAAUACGAAGAAUAAGAGUGAAUGAGAUUUUUAAGAACUUAGUGGUUCCUGUUUUAUUUUUUUCUCUAAAAAGAGUACCUUUUGUUUAAAUAAAACCAACUUGCAUGCGGAUGUCUUUGUGUGGAAGAUUUACAUUCAAA